AUGGCUGGAAGUGAACAUAGGAGACCUCAUGCUGUUCUGGUUCCUUUCCCCGCCCAAGGCCAUAUCAACCCCAUGAUGCAGCUGGCUAAUAAACUAGUUGAACAAGGAUUUGUAAUCACUUUUGUCAGCACCGAUUACAACUAUUCUCGUAUUGCAAAGGCCAACAAAUCCAUUGAAAAAGAUUCUGCUGUUUCUAGGGAAGGUAACAGUCAUGGUGAUAUUCGCUGGAUAGUCGUCUCAGAUGGCCUUCCUCCUACCGAUACUCGCGCAGACGUUAUCAAGUUGUGUCAUGUGACAGAAAACAUCAUCGUCUCCUUCAUUGACAAACUGAUUGGGGAGAUGAAAAGGCGGGAUCCUGAGGAGGACAUCUGUUUGAUAACGGACUGCUUUGCCGCCACCGCAUUAGAUGUGGCCAAACGUCACCGAAUUCCAAUGGCUGCUCUCUGGGUGAUGUUUACUGCCACCUAUGCUCUGAUCUAUAAUUUACCCAAUCUCGUUUCCUCUUCUCUUGUUCCUUCAAAUGGAGUCCCCAAUGACUUUACGAAGGUGAAAUACCUUCCCUCCAUGCCGCCUCUCUGCUCUGCACACCUUCCGUGGGCUGCUGGAUUCAAUGAAAACCAACAAGACUUUAUCUUCGGCUUCAUUGAACGUUACAUGGAAAGAACGAGGGAGCUCAAAUGGGUGUUGUUCAAUUCUUUCUAUUAUCUUGAAGCCCCCAUAAUCGAUAUCCUAAUUGCCCAAGGAGCCUCGGUCUGUUCAAUUGGUCCCUGUAUCCCUUCUCCGCGUCUCAAUGGGGAAGUUAAUUCAAAAAUCACAGCGAACUUUUGGGCAGAAGAAGCAGAAUGUUUGGAUUGGCUAGACAAGCAGUCUCCGAAGAGUGUGGCGUACGUGUCCUUUGGAAGCCUGGCAAUAGUGAACCAGAGACAGUUGGAAGAAUUUGCGAUGGGUAUGGAGGCCACCCAGAGACCGUUUCUGUGGGUUCUGCGAAGUGAUCUCAUGGACGGGUCGAGCGCUAAACUUCCUCCAGGAUUCAUGGAAGCCACCAAAGAUCGGGCAUAUUUUGUGCCAUGGUGUCCACAGACGCAGGUUCUUUCUCAUCCUUCUAUUGCGUGUUUCUUCACUCACUGUGGAUGGAAUUCCGUAAUGGAAAGCAUCGCCAUGGGAGUUCCCAUGCUCUGUUGGCCUUACUUUGCAGAGCACUUUCUAAUAUCUGCUUAUGUGGUAGACAUCUGGAAGAUUGGGCUGGCUUUGAAUACAAACAUCGAUGGAAUAGCAGAAAAUAGGGAAAUCGAGAUGGGGGUGAAGAGAGUAAGUGAAGAUAAUGAGAUGAAGGCAAGAGUGUUGAAAUUGAGCGAGAGAGCAAAAGAUGCAGUGAAGAGCGAAACGGGGCCGUCUUAUGCAAAUUUUCAAGACUUUGUGAAGGCAAUGAGAGAGGAAAUCCGUCACAAAUAA